UCCACUUCAUCUCGAAGUGAAAUCUGAUUAACGAUGUGUCAAGUAACAAAAUGCCAAUAUUUACCGAUUCUUUCUUUUAUAACACGCUGAAAUUUAAAGAAAAGACCAUUAAAAUUGCAAACAUAUGAGCGAAGAAGAACUUUUGGCAAAGACCAGGCGGCAACGAUUCUCCGUUAUUGCUAAAGAGCGUCUGGAAAUCAGUCAACUUGUCAAGUUUGAGAACGAUAUAUUAAAACUAGCCAAAGCUGAUAAUUAAGUUCCAAAAUGUUGCGAAUUCCUAGACUUGCGAUGUAGGUCAGGUUUCAACACAACUUUAAGGCUUUCGUUUGAACAGCGUGGAAAAAACGUCACUAACUUUUCCAUGCCAUAAUAAAGUAAAGACAGGGAAGAAAUCUGGGGGAAAAAAUUUGGAACGCGCUAAAAUAAUUGAUCGAAUCAAAUUUAGCUCAUCAUAACUAGUAAACAGACGUCCACUUUAGUCUUUUUGAAUAAGAGUAUAAUUACAAUAACUAUGGCAACUGAGACCAUGAAAGCUGAUAACCAAUGAUUCCUCUUGCUUUAAAGAAGUUGCUCUAGACCAUGAAAGAAACGUCUAAUAUUUUUUCUUGCUAAACUCAUAAUUUGCCCUUUUAUGACUCAAAAUAGCAGCCAAAAGACAGAACCUAAAUUUGAUCUUUUUGUAAGCUUCUUCAUGCUAAUGAUGAUCAACCAACCUUUAUCAUCUUUAAGGGGUCAGAAAAAAAUCUUAUCUCGAGAUUAUAAGCACCAUUAUUCGGUCAUAAUCAGAAAAAGUACUCAGACGAUGUGCAAUUGUCAAAAAAAGCACAGUGAUUCACCUUUUUGCGAAUGAUACUUGUAUAAGUUUAUCCGCUAGUCUAUCCACACUGGAUGUAAACACACUUAUUCUGCCCUCGAGAGGGAAGUUGGUUCAGUCCCUUCUCUCAAGGCCGGAUGAGGCACCAAAUAUAGAGGGUGCCCCAUCAAGCCAGCUUUCAGAAGACAUGGGCAGGGCUGUCAGCUUUGAAAACCGGAGAUAACUCCUAUCAUGGUGGGCAUCCAGGUUCGUAAGCUGACUCGAAAGCCGGCAUUUUCGUUAAAGUUAAUAACGUAAUUUUACUUGGUCGGAAAAACGAUGUAGAAGAAUCAGUAAUGACUGAUAAAUGGCUAGGAGCUUGUUAGUAUCGGUAAAUGAAGUUUUAAUGUUUACUGAAGAGCGGUAAUAUUAUUUAUGGAGUGGCAUUAGUGUUACAUGAAUGAAUAGAAAGAUUGAAACUGUAUGUGCUGAAUGUGUACUUUCAUCUUUGGAUGUUUCCUUUCUUUCUGAUUAAGUGGUUAAAAAGUGUGUCGCACAAACGGAUCUACAUGCCUCUUAAUUUUCCUCUGGAUUACAAUUAAUUUGAUUUAAAUUUUUGAUAAUGGAGUCCAUGAUCCAGAUAUGGCAAGCAGAAUUUGAUUGACUUCUAAUCGACCGAAAAAUCGUGGGAGAUUUGGGUCGUUGCCAUUUUCGGCCGAUCUUACAUGUACGUUUACAGGGGAAAAUUUCCUUUGUCGUUACAUCGAAGAAAACAAAACGAAAAGGAGACGAUUGUGAAAUAAACUAAAACGUUAGCGAAACGUAGACUAAUGAGACGUCGAGGAAUUGACCUGAGAUGCUGAGGAAACGAACAAGGACGUUAGUGAACCGGUCGUUAGCAAAACGGCUCGUAGGCGGAACGACCGCCACUCGUGGAAUUAAAUCAAUUCGCUUUUCUAGAAUCAACAGUCAUAAUGAUUCAUGAAACAACACAUUAAGCAUCAGUUGAUUCUUGCAGCGCAUUCUAUCGGUUAACUUUCUUUUGAACUGCAUCAAACCGAAAAUCGGCUCCAUCCUUUCAGAAACCGGCUCGAAACUAACUUUCGAACACUUCCUGUUUAUUGCUGAAAGAGUAAACAUUUUAUUGGUUAAAAUAACUUUCGUUCUUAAAUGUGAAAAGAAGGGAAAUUUAUUUGGUAAAACAGCUUCCGUUUCCAAAAAUAUCCUCGAAAUAUAAAACUGCAAUUGAAGUCGGACAAUAGUCAAAAUACUCGAGCUGCUGUCCCGACGGCUUGAAAUGAAUACUCUACUGAGCAGUGCAGCAAUUCUAUUCAGAAACUCAAAACGCUCGUUGUUGUACGGCUUUAUGGCUGGAACGACGGUUGGCUUAGAGGAGUUAGUGGGAAGUGUGGUAUUUCACUGUCCGUGUGAGGGACAUUUUGCAUAUGGAUUGGCAUUUCUUUGGGUUCCGGCAAUGCUUUUGUUUCUUGCCGGAAUCUUGGUCGAUAGAGAUCUGUGGAAGUUCGCCACAAUCUGUAACAGACGUCGGACGAAAUAUCCGACUGUCCGCUACCUUAAGGCUUUGUUCCUUACACCAUAUGUCUUCAUAAGAGCAUGCAUCGCCCCAGCUGCCUGGCUAGUACUGUCGUUUUUACGGCAACAAUACUACACGUGCGCCUAUUUCGGACCACCUUUAGUUGAUAAAGAUGCCACGAAGUCAAAUACGACUGACCGAUGUCUCCGUUACUUUGAAGCCGGUACCCGCUCGGAGCAACUUGAAGAACGUUACAAAACCCACAGUCAGAUAGCAGGCUGGUCUUUGCUGCUAAUAGUAGUGUCUACUUUGUUCACCUCAAUUUGUAUUCGUCGGUGUCUUAAAAAAGCAAAGCAGCUUGAAAUACCAAGCUUGGAGUAUUACCGCCACAUUGAGGCGAAAGAAGCGCUAGUACGGUUCCAUAUUAAGGCAAAAGAGAUCGCCAAAGAAAGCGCCGAACGAAGCGUAGAAAAGUCAUUCGAGAAGGUUGAGAACAAAGAUUUUGAUGAGCGUAUAAAAGAAGUAUCUCAUGAUGUGUAUUACAGGUACGGAUUGUUCUUUAUUAUUCCAGAGAGUCCUGCUUUUCACACCCCAGAGGGUGUCGCAGAAAAAGCGCCACAGUUUCUCCCGUGUGGAAUCGAUGCCACGGAUAAUCGUCCGAGUUUCUCUAAUGAUCAAAAUUCAGGAAAAAUACUGACUACAUGUGAAUGCCAACACAAACCGAGACAGGCAGUUUCGAAAGUCUCUCUUCAUCGCCAAAACGCUGUGACUGAAACAACUGUAUGAAAGAGAGAAAUUCAGGAAAAAUGAACACUUCAUGUGAAUGCCAAGACAAACCGAGGCAGACAGUUUCGAAAUUCUCUCUUCAGUUCAUCGCCAAAACGCUGUGAUUGACACAACUGUAUGAAAGAGAAAGUCGUCCUAUGCUAAUUUAAGUAAGGUGACAAAACGUUGCUGAGAACUUUAUUCAUAUUUGGGUGCAACCAAUUAUCAAUUUGUUAGUUAUAUCAGCCGUGAUCAGGAAACACAACCGUCUAAAAAGUCAGGCUCGCUAGCCAGUGCGUUGUAUAGUAUGAUGUGGUUUUAUCAACUGAGUUGACAAUGUAAAUGGGCCAUCUUAGAGAGUUUC